AUGAGGAGAAAUAAGCUAGUGAAUGGGAUAAAGUCUCUCCUUCCGGUCACUCUUCUCAAUGGGAAGAUCCGAGUGCACCAAAAUGGCUUCUCUGUGAAAGUUGCCACUGAUUUUGGGGUGGAGGUUUCCUAUGAUGGGAUUCAACGUGUGGAGGUCACCGUGCCCUCGACUUAUCGUAACUUCACCUGCGGGCUGUGCGGGACACUGACUGGUGACCCCUCCGAUGACUUCCAGACUCCAAAUGGCACCUUAGUCACGUCAGCUGCUCUCUUUGCCACAAGCUGGCAGGUGAAGGGUGACAGGCGCCAGUGUGUGGAGGACCAGGAGCUGCCUUCUUGUCCCACUGCUGAACAGGCUCGUUAUUCUGGUCACGACUACUGCGGCAUUAUGAAAAUGUCUCCAGGCCCCUUCACAGCCUGCGCUCAGACCCUAUCCCAGGCAGGCUUGGUGGAAAACUGUAUGUAUGACCUCUGCAUGUCCAGGGGGAAUCGGACUGUGCUGUGUGGGGUUCUAGGCGCUUACACAGAGAGCUGCCAGGCAGCCAACGUCACUGUUGGGCAGUGGAGAACAGACCAGUUUUGUGUAGAGAAUGUGCACAGGGGCUCCAUCGUAGUGUCCUGGACGCACCUGGUAGAGCUCGAGGUCUACGGUGAGCAUAUUGCCAUAGCAGAAGGACAGUAUGGCCAGGUGCAGGUGAAUGGAUCCCUGGUCAAUCUUCCCCUGGUCCUUGCAUCAGGUAAACUCUACGCCUAUUUCAGCGGCUCAUCGGCUGUGGUUCAGACGGAUUUUGGCCUUUCUGUGUCCUACGACUGGUCCUACUAUGUGCUGGUUUCUGUUUCUGAGGCCUAUUCUGGGUUCCUCUGUGGACUCGGUGGGGACUUCAAUGGGAACCGGAGUGAUGAUUUUCGAACCCCAAAUGGUUCUGUGGUCCAUGAUGCCGUCACCUUUGGCAAUAGCUGGAAGGAUGCCAACUCCCCUUUUCACUGCACGGCCGUUGGGCUCCCAGCCCAAUGUAACAAAGUGGAACUAGCCCAGUACAAAUCUGAGCGCUACUGCGGGGUUAUCACGGAUACUACUGGGCCUUUUAAAGAGUGUAACCAGCCGGUUGCUGCGCAGGUUCACUUAGAGAGCUGCGUGAGGGAUGUGUGCGCGACUCGGGGCAGCCAUAAGACCCUGUGUGAAGUGCUUCGCAGUUAUGCCCAGCAGUGUCAAAGUCGCAGCAUUGCCAUUGAGCCAUGGAGACAGCGGGCUGCGUGCGGGGAAUUCUGUGGCACUCGAAAGGGGGUUUAUGGAUGCCACGAACGAACCAACGGCAUCUGCUGGGCUUCUGGGCUGCCCCAUUACACUACGUUUGAUGGGAAGCGAUACAAUUCCCAGAGCACCUGCAGAUAUGUCUUUGCUGAAUUGUGUGGGGCAUCCAAAUCCUUACCCUUCUUCAGAGUGGAAGUGAAGAACGGAAACCUGCCCCGUGUUCCUGUGGCUGUGACCUCAGAGGUGUUUGUCCUUGUGAACAGGACUGAGAUCCACCUGCAGAGAGGGCAGCACGGGACAGUCAAGAUUGAUGGGGUCACUCUGACUCUCCCGGUGCGUCUCCAGAGAAGAGGAAUCGUCGUUUAUCGGGAUGGGUUUCAUACCGUUGUGCAAGCCGACUCUGGGCUGAGUGUGAGCUACGACCUGGCCCACAGCCUCUUUGUCAACCUCCCCCCUGAGUACCGAGGCCACACCUGUGGGCUGUGCGUGAACCUCAAUGGAGCGGCUGAGGAUGAUUUUGUGAUGCAGAACGUCUCCCAGGGGAAGGACGCCUUCCACUUGGCUUUGGCUGGGAAGUCGGAGGAUGUCCCUGGCUGUGACAAUGGCUGCCCUGAUUCCUGCCCUUUGUGUGAAGAGGAGGAAAGUCUGGUGCAGUCCAAGUCCCGGUGCUGGGUGAUCCAGGACCCUGAUGGGCCGUUCUCCGCUUGCCACUCCCAGAUUGACCCAGGCCACUAUCUGUCUGAUUGCAUCUUUGACCUGUGUGUGUCAGGAGGGGAGAGCAGUGCCCUGUGCGAGUCCAUUCAGACAUACGCAGCUGCCUGCCAGCGAGCGAAUGUCACCAUCUCACCUUGGAGGAAUGAGUCUUUCUGUGGCUCCUUUCUUGAAAAUCACUGCAGCUCCCUGUGCUCUGAAGGGUGUUUCUGUAAUGACGGGUACCUGCGGAGUGGGGAUCAGUGCGUCCUGCCAGAGCACUGCGGCUGUGAGCAUGACGGACACUACUAUGGGCUUGGGGACUUUCUCUGGCUCGCUGAUUGCACCCAAAGGUGCAGCUGUGACUCCUCUGGUACUUUCUGGUGUGUCCCCGCCAGCUGUAACCCCGGCCAGCAGUGUGCUGUGAAGGACGGGAAGUUGGGCUGCCAGAGCCAGCUGACCACCUGCACGGUGACAGGGGACCCUCACUACUUCACCUUCGAUGGGGCUGUGGCCCAUUUCCAGGGCACGUGCGCCUACGAGAUCUCACACACCUGCAACUCCUCCCUCGACUUCUCCUUCCGGGUGGUGGCCGCAAACAGGAAUUUCCGGAAUCCCCGGGUCUCCUUCAUUUACCGAGUGGAACUUUGGCUCAGAACUGGCCAUUUUAAUUCCCAUGUCGUUCUGGAGCGAGGCAAAGACGUUCUGGUUGAUAGUGUGAAGAUUCCUUUACCAGCUCAGCUGGGACCUGUGGCCAACAUCACAAGGGUGAAGAACACGGUGACUCUAAAAGCAAAGGCCAACGUGGAGAUCCAGUUUAAUGGCCGCCAUGCUUUGUUUGUCCGUGUGGGCCCGGAGUAUCGGGAGCAGCUGUGCGGGAUGUGCGGGAACUUCAAUGGGGAUCGCAGGGAUGAUAAAGUCAUGCCCAGUGGGGAGAAAGCCCAGGAUGACGCAGAGUUUGGGAAUACCUGGACCUCUGACAUCAGCCCCUCAAGGUGUAAAAAUGACACUGGCAACACAGAGGCAUGUACAAAAUUGACUGAGUUCCAGCAGCUGUGUGGGAUCCUAACGAACCGCUCCGGGCCUUUUUCUGAGUGUCACUGGUAUGAAAGCCCAGUCCCUUACUAUGAAUCCUGUGUCUACGAUCUCUGCCAGUAUGGCCUGGGCAAUCACAUGCUGUGUGCAGCUGUCGAAUCCUACGACGAGAUAUGUGCCUUUCACGGUGUGAAAGUAGCAAAGUGGAGGCAAGGGCUGCGCUGUGGUGUCAACUGCCCAGCCAACACCUAUUUUGACUUCUGUGGCCCUCCCUGCCCUGCCUCUUGCAUCAGCCUUAAUUCAUCCAUCCAAUGCACCAAGCCCUGCGUGGCGGGAUGCUUCUGUAGGGAAGGCUAUGUUCUGGACGCUGAACGUUGUGUGCCUGUGAGCCAGUGCGGCUGCACGUUGAAUGGUCAGUAUCACCAGCUAGGAGAGGAGGUGAUCCUGACAGACACCUGCAGCAGGAAAUGCAGCUGCCGGCAGCCUGCCCAGCCCAUGCAGUGCCAGGAUCAUGCCUGUGGGGCUCUGGAGACAUGCAGCAUUGCGGAUGGCAUCCGAGGCUGUUACCCUGUGAAAUAUGGUACCUUAUGGGUGUUUGGCCACCCCCACUAUCACAUUUUCGAUGGACUUGCUUUUGACUCUAAAGGUACCUGCAAAUACACCCUGAGCAAGUACUGUGGCCCCCCUGGGAAUCUCCCUGACUUCACUGUCAAAGUGGAAAAUGAGCACAGGGGCUCCAUCACGGCGUCCUGGACAUGCCUGGUGGAGCUGGAUGUCUACAGGGAGCAUAUUGCUGUUGCAGUGGGACAGCACGGCCAAGUGCAGGUGAAUGGAUCCCUGGUCAAUCUGCCCCUUGUCCUAGCAUCAGGUAAACUCUAUGCCUAUUACAGCGGCUCAUCUGUCAUCAUCCAGACAGAAUUUGGCCUCUCUGUAUCUUAUGACUGGUUCCACUAUGUGACGAUUACUAUACCAGAGAUUUACUCUGGGCUGGUCUGCGGGCUCGGAGGAGACUUCAAUGGGAACCCAAAGCCAACCUGCCCCUCCAACAGCCACUAUGAGCUCUGUGGCCCUUCCUGCCCGGCCUCUUGUGCCCACCCAGCUGUGCCCUCCCGCUGCCGGACUGCGUGUGAAGAAGGGUGCCAGUGUGACCCUGGCUUUGUGCUGAGUGGCACCGACUGUGUGCCUCGGGAGCAGUGCGGCUGCACCCACAAUGGCAGAUACCACCUGGCAGGGGAAAGCUUCUGGGAAGGAGAAAAUUGCCAGAGAUUGUGCAGAUGUGACGGCUCCUCCCACGCUGUCCAGUGCUCCCGCUCUGCCUGUGCCCCGGGGGAAUUCUGUGGCACUCGAAAGGGGGUUUAUGGAUGCCACGAACGAACCAACGGCAUCUGCUGGGCUUCUGGGCUGCCCCAUUACACUACGUUUGAUGGGAAGCGAUACGAUUUUCAGGGCACCUGCAGAUAUGUCUUUGCUGAAGUGUGUGGGGCAUCCCAGUCCUUACCCUUCUUCAGAGUGGAAGUGAAGAAUGAAAACCUGCCCCGUGUUCCUGUGGCUGUGACCUCAGAGGUGUUUGUCCUUGUGAACAGGACUGAGAUCCAUCUGCAGAGAGGGCAGCACGGGACAGUCAAGAUUGAUGGGGUCACUGCGACCCUCCCAGUGAGUGUCAAUGCAGGAGAAAUCAUCAUUUACCAGGCUGGACUGUACACGGUAGUGAAAACAGAGUUUGGGCUGAGUGUGAGCUACGACCUGGCCCACAGUCUCUUUGUCGGCCUCCCCCCUGAGUACCGAGGCCAGACCUGUGGGCUGUGCGGGAACUUCAAUGGGGCCACUGAGGAUGAUUUUGUGACGCGUAACGGCUCCCUAGGGAAGGACGCCUUCCACUUCGCUGCAGACUGGAAGUCGGAGGAUGUCCCUGGCUGUGACGACGGCUGCUCUGAUUCCUGCCCUGGGUGUGAAGAGGAGGAAAGUCUGGUACAGUCCAAGUCCCAGUGCUGGGUGAUCCAGGACCCUGAUGGGCCAUUCUCCGCUUGCCACUCCCAGAUUGACCCAGGCCACUAUCUGUCUGAUUGCAUCUUUGAUCUUCACUAUGAGCUCUGUGAGACUCACUACCAGGACAUGUGUGCUGGAUCCUGGCUUCAGAAGUACUGCGGGCACACAUGCUCUGAAGGGUGUUUCUGUAAUGAUGGGUACCUGUGGAGCGGGGAUGAGUGUGUCUUGCCAGAGCACUGUGGCUGUGAGCACGACGGACGCUACUACGGGGUUAAUGGGCUACGGACUCGCUUACCAGCACAUCUGGGCACUGUUGCCAAAGUCCUGAGACUGAAGAACCAGCUAACAGUGAGAGCAAAGGGCAGCCUGGAGAUCCAGUUUAAUGGUGCCAGUAGCUUGUUUGUCCGUGUGGGCCCGGAGUAUCGGAAGCAGCUAUGUGGGAUGUGUGGGAAUUUCAAUGGCAAUCCCAUGGAUGAUAAGGUCCUGCCCAGCGGAGAGAGAGCCGGGAACAACACACAGUUCGGGAACGCCUGGAUUUCUGACACCAGCCCUCCCGGGUGUACGAAUGACACCGGCAACCUUGUGCCUUGUCCAAAAUUACACAUGUUCCAGCAGCUGUGUGGGAUCCUAACGAACCGCUCGGGACCUUUCUCUGAAUGUCACUGGCACGAGAGCCCAGCCCCUUACUACGAGUCCUGUGUCUACGACCUUUGUCAGUAUGGCCUGGGCAAUCGCAUGCUGUGCACAGCUAUCGAAUCUUACGAUGAGAUGUGCACCAUUGUCGGUGUGAAAAUGGCAAACUGGAGACCACGGAUGGGAUGCAGUAAGCGAUAA